GUUUUGAUUAGACUAGUCGCGAGAAUAUUCUGGAACAAACUAUUCUAACCGCCCACCCGAUCGUGCCAGCGCCAGCGCCAGGACCAGACUGAGACUGCAGCGACGAUGUCAUAAGCCAAUAAGUGACAACCCCGCUGCGGUUAAUGCGUUCAGCCCAGCUGGCUGACUGGCCCAAAUUUGACCCCUCCAUUUGCCCCUCCAAAUUUUUUAGCAUAGGUCAGGUUCAAGCAAAAGGUGAUAAGAUUUAUAAUAACCACCAAACACGCCGCUUUCUUCUGCGACAACCUCAAUGAAGAGAACUUUCACAGACAUGUCCGCUCCCGAGAACAACGUUUCCAUAGAGGGCGCAUCUGCCCCUGAGUUUUUCGAAUCCAUCGGCAAAAAGGCUAACCUGCUCGGCAACGCAAACGAUGAUGGCGGCCAGGAUGAUGAGCCCAAGGCCGUCGAACAAAUCGAGUCGUUGUGCAUGAACUGCCACGAGAAUGGCACCACCAGAAUGAUGCUCACUAUGAUUCCCUACUUCCGCGAAGUCAUCGUCAUGUCUUUCUCUUGCGACAAGUGCGGUUUCUCUAACUCCGAGAUCCAAUCAGCCGGUAUCAUCCAACCCAAGGGUGCGCGAUACGAACUCCGCCUCACCAGUAACGACGACUUCCAACGUACGGUUGUCAAGUCCGAUUCGGCGGUCGUCAAGUUCAUCGAGCUCGACGUCGAGGUGCCCGCCGGUCGCGGCCAGCUUACAAACGUAGAGGGCCUUCUCAGGACCAUCAUUGACGACCUCGACCUCGGACAAGAGGCGCGUAAGGAGCAGCUGCCCGAAAUCUAUCCCAAGGUGGCAGAGAUUAUUGCUAAGGGGCGAUCGAUGCUUCUGGGAGAAUCGUUUCCUUUCAGAGUCUCCAUGGAUGAUCCCGCCGGCAACUCAUGGAUCUCUCCUGAUAUGAAAGACGGCGUUGGAAAGUGGGCUAAGCGAGACUACAUCCGGACACCUGACCAAAACGAAGCUCUCGGUCUUGGGCACGUCGAAUCCGUCAUUGAUGCUACCCAGACAACCCCUGAAGAGGACAUCAUCCCCGACCAGGUAUACGCCUUCCCUGCCACAUGUCCUGGCUGCAUGCACCCUUGCACGACAAACAUGAAGAUGGUCGAUAUUCCUCACUUCAAGUCCGUCGUUCUCAUGUCGACUGUGUGCGACGAGUGCGGCUACCGAUCCAACGACGUCAAGACCGGAGGAGAGAUCCCUGCCUUGGGAAAGAAGAUCACCUUGAAGGUUGAAUCAAACAUUGACUUGGCACGUGAUAUUCUCAAGAGCGAGAGCUGCGCCCUUGAAUGCCCGGAGCUCAGUCUGCAGGUGAACCCUGGUACUCUCGGUGGCCGCUUUACCACUGUCGAAGGUCUUCUCACCCAAGUUCGAAACGACUUACACAAUCAAAUCUUCCAGACAGGAGAUGGUGGUGAUUCUUUGGCUUCGCCCGAGAAGACAAGGUGGACCGAGUUCUUUGAGGGGUUGGACGCUGCCAUUGCAGGCGACAGGAAAUUCACUAUCGUGCUGACAGAUCCUCUUGCAUCGAGUUACGUACAGAAAUUGGUGGAUCCCGACCAGGAAGAUCCUCAAAUGACUACUGAGGACUACCAGAGAACUGAUGAGGAGGAAGAGGACCUUGGCCUGAAAGACAUGAAGACUGAGGGAUAUGAGCAGGAUCACCAGGACGCCAUUGCCAACGGCACUUCAUGAUUACCACGUUUACCGGGUGGCACGACGAAGAAGUAUGAGCAUGAGUUUCAGAGCAUAGAUACCUGGGUAGAUUUGGGUGAUUAAUCAAUGGCGUUUGGAUGUUCAACGUUUGUGCUAAUUCCAGAAACUCGGCUGGAGAAACCAGCUAAGGCGUAAAAGCACCUCUCGAAAUGAUGUGUCUGAAUAAAUAGUCUUAUUUGCCUCUUACAAACACUAUCGACAUCACAAGCAUUAUUCAUCUCGACAUAUAAUUAAUGGCGCCGAACAACCACUCGAUCGUCUACCAUCAACCACUAGCGGGCCGACGCGUUACCAUGGAAUUCUGGUUUGAGUCUGCGAUGUUACAU